UGGCUCUGGAGGGGGGAUAUGCCACGGCAUGCCUGGAGGGUUCGGUGGUGGAUUGGGUGGUGGGCAUAGCUAUGGAGGUGGUGGCAGCUUUGGAGGCGGCAGCUUUGGAGGCGGCUCUGGGGGGUUUGGGUUUGGUGGUGGCGAUGAUGCCGGGUUCCUAUCCAACAACGAGAAGAGCACCAUGCAGAACCUCAACGACCGCCUGGCCUCUUACCUGGACCAGGUGCGGAACCUGGAAGCAGAGAACAACCAGCUGGAGCACUUGAUCAAAGAGUGGCAUCAGAAGCAUGGGCAGAGUGGCACACCGAAAGACUACAGCUCUUACUACGACGAGAUUGACAAGCUCUCCCAUGAGCUGGUUGAUGUGAUGGCCGAGAGUAACAAGAUGCUCCUGGACAUCGAUAACACAAAGAUGGCUGCUAAUGACUUCAAGAUGAAGUAUGAGACGGAGGCUGGUCUUCGCCAAACUGUAGAGGCUGAUCUACAAGGUUUACGUCCCCUUUUGGAUAAGCUGACAUUGGAAAAGUCUGACCUGGAGAUGGAGUAUGAAUCCCUGCGGGAAGAGCUGAGCCAUCUUAAGAAAAACCACAGUGAAGUAAAGAACAGUUUGCAACACCAGUCCGGUGGGGGUGUCACUGUUGAGGUGGAUUCCAAUCCUGGUGAGGAUCUGAAAAAGAGGCUGGAUGAUCUGAGACAUGAAUACGAACAGAUCAUUCAGGAAAACCGCAGAGAGGUGGAACAAUGGUAUGAGGCUAAGAUGGAGGAAUCUCGUCAGCAAGAAAAGUCGAGCGACCAGGAUUUUGGGACCGGUAACAAAGAAGUGAUGGAGCUCAGUCAGCAAUAUCAAACCCUGGAAAUUGAGCUGAAGUCACAGAUCAGUUUACUCCAGUCUCUGCAAAACAACCUGAACGACACAGAAGGGCGGUACAACAUGCAGCUGCAGCAGAUCGUGAGCCUCGUUGAGCCCCUGGAACAUGAGCUGGCCAGUAUUAAGCAUGAGAUCCAGAAUCAAAGCCAGGAGUACCAGACACUCCUUGGCAUCAAGACCCAUCUGGAGGGGGAGAUCAACCAGUACCGUCAACUGCUUGAGGAAGGGAAGCACCUUGCGGCUGAUAUAGGGCAAGGAGGAGGUGGAUCAUCUGGUGGAAGUUCAGGAGGAGGACGAUCAUCUGGUGGAAUGUCAUAUGGAGGAAGUUCUAGAGGAGGAGGAAGUAUAGGACAGCAAUCACCUGGUGGAAUUUCACAAGGAGGAAGUUCUAGAGGAGGAGGAGGAAGUGGAGGACAGCAAUCACCUGGUGGAAUUUCACAAGGAGGAAGUUCUAGAGGAGGAGGAAGUGGAGGCCAGCAAUCACCUGGUGGGAUUUCUCAAGGAGGAAGUUCUAGAGGAGGAGGAAGUGGAGGCCAGCAAUCUCGUGGUGGAAUUUCACAAGGAGGAAGUUCUAGAGGAGGAGGAAGUGGAGGCCAGCAAUCUCCUGGUGGAAUUUCACAAGGAGGAAGUUCUAGAGGAGGAGGAAGUGGAGGCCAGCAAUCACCUGGUGGAAUUUCUCAAGGAGGAAGUUCUAGAGGAGGAGGAAGUGGAGGCCAGCAAUCUCGUGGUGGAAUUUCACAAGGAGGAAGUUCUAGAGGAGGAGGAAGUGGAGGAGGACAAUCACCCGGUGGAAUUUCUCAAGGAGGAAGUUCUCGAGGCGGAAGUGGAGGAGGAGAAAGCAGUGGAGGAGUACAAUCACCAGGUGGAAUUUCACAAGGAGGAAGUUCUGGAGGAAGAGGAGAAGGAAGUGGUGGCCAUUAUCAAUCUUCUCCCUCAUCUGAAAGCAGGCCUUCAUUAUGUCACAGCCAUUCAUCCACCCAAUCCCAGUCUGGCUCUUACGAAGGGCAAGGCUAUUCACCGAAGUACUAAGGCACGACGACAUCUCCCUCUUCCCAAUAAAAGAACGGAUUGAAGCAAGAGCAAAGAGCAAGAAACGAUUCUUCUUCCAUUUGACCGAUACUGCUGAUAGCAUGAAGUC